CUGCUGACAGCAAUCGCUUUGCUGCUUUCUGUCUGGCCCUGUGGAGGAUGGCUUCGACUUGACGGAGAUACGGCAACCCAUCGACGCUACGCCAGGCAAUACGAGGCCCCGGAGAUCAGUAUGCGUGCAGUCUCGCCCCACUGGAUCAACAUCCAGUGCACAAUUCCUCGGAGUUCCUCGGGCUUCAAGGUGUUCAUCAUCUGUCCCGCUCUCGACGCACCCUGCUACGAGAACUGCCAACCGACGCAGACCUGUCCAGACACCAGCGUCGCCACCUCCAAGUGCCUCCCCGACAGAAGUGCGGUAAAUUGCUCCCAGGUCGUGGAGACCGAUGGCAGGACGGUGGUGGACCUGUGGAUCGAUAAACGCAACAGUCGGCUCCACGGACCUUGGGUUUGUUCAAGCCUGGGAGUCAAAAGCAGCGUGGUCAAUGUGAGUAUCGUUUCCACGAACAUUGUGUUGUCGGAAUCUAAGGAUGCGCAAGCCUUACCGCCACCUCUACCUCCACCACCACCGCCGCCCCCACAACCACCACAACAGGCGACCCCCAACACCACCGAGGCAACUCCACUGGAGGACCUGAAAGGAACCUUUCCACAAGCCGAUGAAGGCGAAAAGCCUUCGUAUUACGCCUUUGCGUCACGGCGACGGAAGUACAAUGAAGAUCAGAAGACCCUGGGUGACAUGAUAUGCUUGCCUACCAACAUGAGUCGAACUCAUUCUGGCCUCUGGGAGCACGAUGUCUACCCAAGUAAUGCAGGUGACGCCUUGCACAAUUCCGCCUGCUUCGACGAGCCCUCGUCGAACUUCCAGCGUUUUGGAACGUUCGGUCCAAACACCUUUUACUUCGACCAGCCCCAGCAACAAGUCCCAACAACGUUCACCGAUCUGGCCUUUCCCCAGUACUUCAGCACAAUGCAGCCCAAUCAGCUGUGGCGGACGCGCAGUGCCGCUGCGACCGUUUUCCCCAGCACCUUUUCCGCAGCCACCGGACGCCGAAGCCGUCUGCGCAGCGGCACCGGCUCUCUCCACCACGUGCCCUCCCAACGCACCCCGCUAAUCGAUAAUUCACCACUACCCCCACCCCCACCUCCCCCCGCUCUGCCGAUCCCGACGCCUCAAACUAGCAAGGAACCGCGACGAUUCCCCCGGAUCACAAUGAGCCCCACGCCUCCAGCCGCCACAGUCUACGACGACGUGGCGAGCAGCUCCACCAUCACGGUGAUUUCACGGGACGGUCGGAAACCAGCCACGCAGAUGGCACCGCAGUUGCCCAGCAUGGCGGAGUUCGACUUGGCACCGAAGACACCAAAUACUACCUCCAUUUACACUGCACAUACCGCCAACCCUUAUAGGAGCCAGAUGGAGACCUUCCGUUCGGAGUCUUCGGAAAUGCGGGGUGUGGACAAUGAUGCGGACAUUUUGAAUCACUAA